AUCAGGUAUGCUGUAACAGCCAAGGCGAACUAUCUGUGUGAAGCACCGCCUAAUGUUGCUAUAGCUUCUUUAUUUUUGGUCGACCGCCAUUGUGUUGAUCGUCAAACUGACCAGAAUAGUGUGGCUGGGCCGGACCACACAGCUAUGUCACUCCUUCGAUUCCCUCGAAACAAGUUAUAAGAAUCUUCCCAGGCGCAUACUUAACCUCCUCAAACACUCGCUCUCCAUUGUCUCUGUAUCUCAACACAAAAUACUACAAAUUCAAUCAUGGUCCGGCUGUCCAAUUACUUUUUACCGCUCUUCGGCACCGCUCUCUUCUCCCAAGGCACUCAUGCUUACGACUAUCUCUCUCACGCAAAGUCCGGCUCCGAUGCUUUGAUGCACUGGUACAACCAGGAUACCGGAGUGUUCAAUGGCACAGGCUGGUGGAACAGUGCCGAGUGUCUUACUGCUCUUGCCGAGAUGCAAGCGGUCGACCCAAAAUCCGACUUCCUUGACACACUCCACAACACUUUUGAGAUCAACAAGGAUGUCAUGACAACGAAAAGUGACUUCUACGACGACGAAGGCUGGUGGGCUUUGCUAUGGAUCAAAGCAUACGACUUGACACAUAACCAACUCUACCUCGACGCUGCAGAACAGCUCUUCGACGACAUGGCCAAAGGCUGGACAACAAAGUGCAAUGGCGGAAUCUGGUGGGAUAAAGACAAGACAUACGUCAACGCCAUAGCCAACGAGUUGUUUCUAAGCGUCGCUGCUCACCUUGCUCGUCGGACGUGGGAUAUCAAGUAUCUCAACUGGGCGGUUAAGGAAUGGAAAUGGUUCGAGCAGUCUGGAAUGAUCAAUGAGAACAAGACCAUCAACGACGGACUGGACGGCUCUUGCAAGAACAACGGUUACACUGUCUGGUCCUAUAAUCAAGGUGUCAUUCUCGGAGGACUCGUUGAGCUUUCCAAAGCAAGCUUCGACGAUUCAUACAUUCACACCGCCAAAGAUAUAGCGUAUGCUGCCAUCUAUCAACUCACCGACAGCAACGGUAUCUUGCACGAAACUUGCGAGAAAGGAUGUGGAGGCGAUGUAUCGCAGUUCAAGGGCAUAUUCAUGCAACAAAUUUCGCAGCUGUACACUGCCACUUCAGACCAUGGCCUGAAGCAGUUCCUCGAGAUCAAUGCCCAAAGCAUCUGGAAGAACGACCGCGACUCGCAGAAUCGUCUUGGUCUCAAAUGGUCCGGACCAUUCGAUAAGGCCGAUGCAUCAACUCACAGCUCGGCUUUGAUGGGUUUGAUCGCUGCUGCAUCUGUGCAAGGCGUUUGAACAUAAGCAUUUGUUUUCACUAAAAGCGGGAGUUUGGACGGAGUUCGGAGUGUGGGCUGGCCACCGCGGGCUCGGUACUGAUUUGACAUCACGACCUUUCCUUUUUUCUUCCUUUCUUUUCUCGAAUGAUACCAACCACCAGGGGUGCGGCUUGAUCUUUGCACAGCAUAUGCAUGUAUAUAGAGAGUUGAUCAGAAUUACCAAUAAUGUUCCAUCGUGCU